UUAUAAAAAAAAGUGGAAUAAGAUGAAGCCGAAAACACAAAAGCCGCAGGGAAAACCCAAUAAAAAGCCAACGCACAGCAAGGCCAAGGCCACGCAAUGGCAGAAGCCAAACUUUAAGCAGAAGCACAAGGCGAAGCCGAAAACAGAUAAACCAAACAAGCCCGAGAUCCGCCAAAUGAUCCGACAGCAGAAGGCAUCCAAAGCCGAGGCUGAGCGCCAACAGGUGCGGGCUGAAAAGGAGGCUCGCAUUAAGGCCUACAAGAAGCAGCGCCUCGAAAAGACCAAGGCCAUCAGCAAGCGCACCCAACGCGGCCAGCCGCUGAUGAAGGAUCGAUUGCAGCUGCUGCUCAAGCAGAUCGAGGAGAUGAAGCAACGCUGACACCUCACCUCAUUACGCGCCUGACUGGGUUCGGGUGGCUUCUGUUGUUGGCGUUCCUGGUCCUCUGCUCUGGCGAUGCCUUCGCGGCCCC